UUUUAUGGUUGAAUGGGAGGAGUCGUAAUCUAAAAUGGCCGCCGCCACUAACAACAACUGCCAGAUAUUGAAUAUUCUCUCCGAUAUUUUUCUUCGUCAGACCAUGACUCAAAAAACAUAUUGGACGUUUGUGAUUAUUCUUAUUACAACUUGUCGAUCUUUUGCCGACGAUGAUAAUCAUGAAAUGGAAGAGUUUCUGAAAAGGGAGCAUUCAUUGUCAAAACCCUAUCAAGGUGUGGGGUCGUCCAGCUCCUCCCAUUGGGAAUUGAUGGGCGAUGCCAUGGUAACCACAGAGCAGGUGCGCCUCACAACAGACAUGCAGAGCAAGCAGGGGGCAGUGUGGAGCCGCAUUCCCUGUCACCUAAGGGACUGGGAGUUACAAGUGCACUUUAAGAUUCAUGGCCAAGGCAAGAAGAAUCUGAAUGGGGAUGGACUGGCAAUUUGGUACACCAAGGAGCGCAUGCAGAAAGGUCCUGUGUUUGGGAAUCAGGACCUUUUCACAGGGCUGGGUGUAUUUGUGGACACGUACCCCAAUGAGGAAAAACACCUUGAGGCACAGAAGACGAGGUACACCACACGCACACAGAGGAUCUUCCCCUUUGUGUUGGCCAUGGUGGGGAACGGAAGCAUUAGUUACGACCACGAACGAGACGGGCGUCCCACUGAGCUGGGCGGCUGCAACGCCAUGGUGCGCAACCUCAACCACGACACCUUCAUCUUCAUCAGAUAUGUCCGUCGCAGGCUCACGAUUAUGAUUGACAUUGAUGGGCAGCAUGAAUGGAGGGACUGCCUGGACAUACCGGGGGUACGGCUGCCCCAGGGCUACUACUUUGGAGCCUCGGCCGUCACUGGAGAUCUCUCUGACAAUCAUGAUGUGGUCUCCCUGAAACUGUACCAGCUGACUGUGUUACGCAGUGAGACAGAGGAAAAGGAGGAGGAAGAUGAGAUCUCUCUACCCAGUGUAGAUAACAUGGACCUACUAAAGAUGGGUGAGAAUGAAGAAGGGUGGAGUAGUAUUGCUAUGUUCUUCACCAUCCUCUUCUCCAUGCUGGGCUGUUUCCUGCUCAUCGUGGUCGGCCUCAUCGUCUACAGCCACUGGAACGAGAACAGACGCAAACGCUUCUACUGAGACGGAGAGAGGGGGAAAAAGAGCGGGAGGGAGGCCUCCCAUCAUAACCACUACUGUAGUCUGACGACAACUGCACUGAGACACUGAAAUGACUGGCAAGAUGGAGACAAUGUAACUGACCUCCUAAUGUAGACCAAUAUGCUUGAUGGACAGAGGUACCAUUGGGACAACACUAGUGAAUCCUGGGAAAGACUGAGCAGCGGUGAAUGCAUUUCAACUACAGUAGCCAACCACACUGACCCCUGCCAUGAGUAGACAUACAGAAAGUUUGUCUGUCCCCACCCCUACUCUCACCAACCAGGCCUUACUCUACACAAAUAUAGAGAGCAUAUUAUUAUUAUUAUUAUUAUGUGCUUACUGUGUGAAAAUGACCUCCGUGUUGUCAGACAGUGCCAUUGAUGGUUAAUAGUUUGGUUGUCUUUUUAAGGGUCUGGGGAGAUGGAUUUAUACUCAGUUUUAGGGUUUUGAAUGUCAGAGACAAAGUAACCGAUGUGUUCUAACUCCACAUGACCAGGUCCCAUCAGCGCUUGAUCCGUCACACCAAAGAUGUUUUCAAUGGCCUAUCUGGCAAUUGAUCCGUCGCUUUUCUGCUUCGCUCUAGAAACAGCAUCAUGUCAUAUUUGCCUCUAUGGUGCUUGCAAUCAAUGUAAGUCUUUGUGCAUUUCAAUUGAUUCAGACGGUUUCAAUGAAUUCUCAUACUCAAUUUUAUUAGUUUGAAAAAUGUAUGGUUGCAGAGAAUAGGCUUUUGUUGUCAAACUGAAUCUACAGUAGAAUGCAUGAAGGUGCUAGACUAGUCAUUCUUUUACCACUAUUUAUGUUAAGAUUGAUUAGGUCGUUUUUCUUUUCUGUAUAUGAAAUGAAAAGGUGACCAAUCCCUC